AUGAAGCUAUACCUUUGGGAUCAGGCUGCAAGAGACUUCUGCAAAAAGUUCAAUUCAUACGAAGGCACACCCACUGUGUUACUGGUCACGACCGUCAACACGAAGACUCUCGGAGGUACUCUGGCCUUGACCUCAAUGUCAUCUUCGCGUGUGUUUAUGGACUAUGAUGUCCAACCUACAAUAGACUACUUCAGUUGGUUGGGCUCUAAUCCUGCAAUUGCUGAGCAGGUUAAUGCAGAGGUAGUCACCAAACGUGAGACAAUGACUAUAGGGGAAAUAUUCUCCUACAUCCACCAAGAAUCCUCAAAGGACGCCUUCUUUGAGUGCACGGCCACGAUCGAUGACGUCGUGCAUGGUUCUUCUUGGUACUACAUUUCCUGCAGUGGGUGCCAUUCUAAGGUUAUCAAAGGUCCAACUUCGUUGAUCUGUACAAGCAAGAAGUGUGGAAAGGUUAACGCAUCUGGUGUGCCACAGUACCUGUCAAAGAUAUCCGUUUAUGACAACAGUGAGCAAGCUGUCUUUGUGCUUCUUGGUGAUGCUGGUCGUGACCUGACUGGGAAGCCAGCAUCAGAGUUAGUCAGAAGCUAUUUUGAGGCUAAUGGCAAUGAAGGAGUUGACCUUGAGGCACCUGUUCCGGAAGCUCUAAUCAGCACCAUCGGUCAGAAGCAUAAGUUUUGUGUCAAAGUCACAGAGCAUAAUUUUUCAGGUAAGACCCGAUCUCUUACCGUGACCAAGAUCCUCCCACUAGACUCUGAACCAACCACAAUGUCUCCGGAAGAUAACCAUACUACUGCCACAUCUGGGGAAACAUCCGAGAACUGUGUGGAUUCAGCGGAUGGGAGUAAGAGAACCUGUGACAGUUCUGAGCUGGAGAGAGUUAAACGCCCUAAAUGUGGGAACUAG